AAAAGGGUGUACGCGCGAGCCGCGCGCGCGGCGUGGCUCCGAUCUCACCGUGCGGACGAAGUCCGCCGCCGCCGCCGCCGGACCAAGCCCAUUACUCUCUAUCGGGGGGAAACGGAUUUUAUUAAUAGAAAGAUCGACGCCCGCACGUGGUGGCGGAUCUCCCCGCGCGUACGGAAUCGCGCGCGACCGCGCCGCGCGACGACGUGUGCCGCGCGAGAUCGCGCGGCCCCGAGGUUUUGGUACGACGUCGUCAUCGUACGUACCGGCUCGCCCUUCCCGCGGGAAGGUUAUAUCGCCUUUCCUGUCCCUCGCGGUCCUUCCGAGAUUCCUCGUCUACGGGGAAAAAGCGAACGAAGGGGAGAGGGGGAACACGCGCCUUGCUCCGAAAUCACAUUUCCAAGUGAAUUUUGGAGCGCAGGUCGGUUUUUUUUUCUUCGGAGUAAAACUCAGAGGAGCUCUCGGAGUUGCGUCCUCCUGUUGUUGAUUGGCGCGUAUCGCCCGCCCGAUUUUGAUGUGAUUACGAAAUUUGUUUGCGUUCACUCCCCAUCGUGUAGCAAAAUCGGCAGAAGAAUAGAAUUUGUAGCCUGUCGAUUGCUACGCAAAUGGUGGCAGAUGUAUAUUUACGUAUUCACGUACACACGAGGAAAAGUUUUUGAUUGCCUUCCGACUGGUUGCGUGUAUACCACCCGGGUAUAAAGAUCUGUUUUAUAUGUGUGUCACGCGAACUCUGUCAUCCAAAACGUUAUUAGGCCUCUGUUCGUGUUGCUUGUAUUUUUGCGCUUAGAAUCUUCGCUCUCCUUCUCCCGAGCGUUCGAACGUAUGUUUAUCUUGUUUUAAGUGCAAAAAUAUUUGGAAUUUUGAAGCAACGCAGUUAGAGAAAUACAUGGUAUAAAAUUCAAAGGUUUGUCUGUGUAGAUUCUUGUAAGAUGUUACGCCACCAACAUCACGCGAUGCAAAAUCAGCUUCGAGAUCAUAAUAGAAUGGCAGGACCAAUGCGGCCUAUGCAGCAGGCUAACAUGCCUCAGCUACAUCAGCCGCAGCAUUUGCUACCGCAUCGGAAUCCGCAUCAACAAAUACUGUCCAUGCCCCCCCAUCAACAGCAUAUGCAUCACAUGCAGCAUCCUGGCCCGCCGCAUGGAAAUCCAAGACAGCCAAUGUUGAUGGGCAUGAAUGCGCACAAUACAAACAAUACCAUGGUUAGCGUUAGCAUGAAGGAUCAAGCAAAUACAGUUUCUGUGACUCUUCAAAACGUACAACAGCCUCCCCAGUAUCCACAUCAGCAGCAGCAGCAGCAACAACCGAAUAAUCAGCAAAAUCAACCUGCUCAACAACAGCCGCCACAGCAGCAGCAAAUGCAGCAGUCUCAAUCGCAGCAACAACAGCCGCAACAUGUACCGCAGCAACCAAAUGUGGAGCAAUCGAAGGCGGCAACGAAUGAUUCCAAUGGAGAGUCCAGAGACGACAAUGCUUCCGAUCAGAAUCAUGCCAACGCAACUAAUAAUCCAGCUUUGGCAAACAUGAAAGAAAAAACACCCAUGUGCUUGUUAAAUGAGUUGGCGAGAUUUAAUAGGAUUCAACAUCAAUACAGACUGACCAACGAACAAGGACCGGCGCACAAAAAGAGAUUCACGGUGACACUAAAACUGGGCGAGGAAGAAUACGUUGCUGAAGGUCCUAGUAUAAAGAAGGCUCAACAUAGCGCGGCGACCGAAGCGCUGAUGAAGACUUGGUACCGUCAACCUCCACCUAAACCAACCAAGGCUAUGAGAAUCGGCCAUCUAGGCAAAUGUCCGACAGGUUCUGGACACUUGCCACCCACUGUCGAAUUAAACGCGUUAGCGAUGAAACGGGGCGAGCCAACUGUUUAUACGUUCCGACAAGCACCUCCAGCUGCGCUACAACAUCAGUUUAUGCCACACGGAUUCGGCAAUUUUCCACGAAUGUACAAUCCGCGGCUCCCGUACAAUCGUGGUGUUCAUACAGACCUUCAGGGAUUGUAUCUUGUCACUUUAAAAGUUGGCGAACGCGAAUUCACGGGUAGAGGCUUAACAGGUCAAGCGGCACGUCACGAUGCCGCCAGCAGAGCCUUAGAACAGCUACGCCAGUUGCCAUUACCGGAAGAGAUUGCAAAUACCAGUAACACCAAUGAGAAUGGCACGCUAGGUGGCAUUGACGAUCCGAAUGCUGAAUUGAAAAGUCCCGUAUCUCUUGUUCACGAGACUGCUCUGAAACGUGGACUGCCAGUCAGUUUUGAAGUCGUAUCUGAAAGUGGUAAACCUCACAUAAGAACUUUCAUGACAAAAUGCACCGUUGGCGAAAAGAUUACUGUGGGAGAAGGAUCCUCAAAAAAAGUAUCAAAGAAACGCGCCGCCGAGUUGAUGUUGGACGAACUGAAACGUCUUCCUCCGUUACCGGCUACAAUACAAAAUCGAGCAAUGCGAGUAAAACGUAAACCGCCAGCGACAAAGAAAAAAUCUCGUAACUUGAUUAAGGUCUAUCAAGAGCCUCGCGCGGAGAAUGAAGCCGCAGAAGAGGUCAAUCCAGUCUCCCGAUUAGUUCAAAUUCAACAGGCAAAGCGAGAAAGGGAACCAGUUUACAAUCUAAUUGAUGAAAAAGGCGCGCCGAGACGCCGAGAGUUUGUCAUGGAAGUAAUAAUGGGUCAGCACUCCGCUCAGGGAAUCGGACCUAACAAGAAAUUGGCUAAGAGAGCCGCGGCUGAGGCUCUCUUGACGCAAUUGGGAUACAGUAAGCCGUCGCCGCAACCCGCAAAACCGUCCAUAAAGACGGGAGAAAGCGAAAACACAGAAUCGAAACCUAGAAAAGUUACAUUUCUCGAAGAUGAACAAAUAAACGACCCUCAACCUCAUUCGGUAGGAGGUUCCGUAGGCCGCCAAUUAGUACCUGGUCUUUUAUUGGUGGAUGGAGGUCAAGAAUCUAAACUGGGGAAUGGACCUAGCGUACAAAUAGUCGCUGAAGAAUUGCGCGAACAGCAACAGCAAAAUACGGCUGGUGUUUCACCGAAGGAUCAAUUGCAUUAUUUAUCUCAGUUAUUUAAUUUUACUGUAGAGUUUAGCGAUUUUCCCAAGGGAGUGUCUAUAAACAAGGAAUAUUUGUCACUUGUGUCACUAAGCACUGAUCCACCGCAAGUUUGUCACGGUAAUGGAGCGACAAUAACUGCGAGUCGCAAUCAAGCAGCUCUAAGGGCGCUUCGUACUCUUAGUAAAUUGGGACUUGAUAAUGCCUCGAACGCAGCACAAGUGAAGAAGGACAAAGGUGCGUCUGGUGAUGGAAUACACAUUAGCAUUCAAGUUAAAAAUAACAUAAUGGAUGGAGCUAUCGAUAAGUAAUUGAAUAGCGCUUAAGACGUAUAUAAUGUUGAGUUAUAUUUAUGCUUCUUUAGGAUACUGCGAAAGAAUUCCAUUGUUAUAAAAUUUGUUCUUUAUACAAUAUGGGGCUAUUAUUAACAUUGUUUAUUCAUUGCCUGUUUCACAUUGCAAAUGUGCUAUAUCUUCGACAGAAUCUUUUUUCAUCAAUUGCAUUAAAAAGAAGGUCUCAGUCGCGAUUCUGUUAGUCAAAUUUUUAUUAAAUCCAAUUCCUCUAUUCAAGGAAUCUGAUCUAUUAAAAUAUCUAUUAAAAUAUCUCUUUCACAGAAUGUUUCUAUAUAGUAAUCUAUCUAGAAAAAAAACUGUUAUACGAUAAUCUGGCUGUAUUUGUAAUUGUAUAUUUAUAUCUAUCUCAAAAAUAUUUGUCAAUGAUUUAAACAAAGCGUUGUGUGUGCAUGAUCUAGAUAUUUUUAUUUUACGCAUUUAUAAUUUGUAAAUUGUUGGAUUGCUUAUUAUUUGCCGAAAUAUGAUAAAAAUCGAAUGGUUAUAAAUUCGGAUCAAUUUAUAUAAAAUUAUUUAAAUUAAUUAUUAGUAUAUGUUAUAUAAAAAUCUUCCUGAUCUUUUGCAGUGUCCUAAUUACAAUUAAAAUGCUGUUCAAGCACCAAUAAGCGAUAUGUAUUUACUAAUUGUGUAAGAAUUCAGAAUUUUCGUUUAAUGACUAGGAAUGUCCGAUCAAUCACAAUAGACAGUAAUAAAUUUCUGUGAUUAUCGGAAAUCUGUUAUUAUGAAUUACAAUAGUAUCAUUGAACGAUUCGUAUAUUACAGCUCUUACAAAAUUAAUAAUGCUAUGAAAUAUCGCGAUAAACAUUAUUGGUGCUUGAUCGUAAUUGCGAUCCUAGCAGUGAUCUGAUAUAACUGCUAUAUUUAUUGUAACAUUUUCAUUGAGAGGAUCACAAUAUACUUAUCUACAAUGAUUCAAAAUGGUCAUUCUCCAGUUAGGAUCAGUCUAUAAUAUAUAAUGAACACUAUAGGCGAACAUUAAGUGAAAUCACAAUCUGGAGAUGAAAUGCGACCAUCUCUUAAUUUCUCAAUUGAAUCCUUAGCUUUCGCAUUAUCAAUAUAAAAAUUUUUUGUUAUCUAAUUAAUAAUAAUUAUAAUGUUCCUCUUUUUUUCUUUUUUUAAUCUUCAGCUGUUCGAAAAUGAUCAAUUUAUAUUUUAUGUGUGUAUUAUAUUACUGUUUUCGUCGAUUUAUUAUGAAGAGAAAACAUAUUAAAACUUAUCAUUUUCCAUUGAGUCGCAUAUAAAAAUUAUAAAACCACGUAUUUUUCCAGAAUAAACUCUGGGAGGCUACGUGCGCUUAGAGGUACGUGUUGAUUAAACGAUUGUGUGAAAGAUUAUUAAGUAGCUAACAUUUAAAUUGAUAAAACAUAGGUAAUGCGAUAUAUACUGUCCCUAUGCCCCAAUUUGCUUUUCUACAGGGGCCAGAAGCAAUCUGGGGCUACAUAUUCACAUAUAUCGUAAAAUAUUGAAAAGUGAAGGGAAAUAGAAAUUUCCAUACAUCUGUCAUUCGGAUAAAAAGUAAUGAUAUGUUGCAUGGGAAAUUUCAGUGAAUAUAAAACGAAAAGAAAAAAGAUAGUAAUUAAAAUUUUGCAUCCCGUUGCGUCAAGACCAUUGUAAAAUUGUUUUAAAUCUCGAUAAGAAAAAGAACAGCGUGAAUUUUGUCUGGUUAAGAGGCGAGGGGAACAGAAAUUUCCAUACACCUAUCGUUCGCAAGUAGACAGUAAUGAUACGUUGCAUCGGAAAUUUCCGGCAAAUCUUAAAAAGAGAAAAAAGAAGAGAAGGCAAUAAUUCAAAAUUUGUCCCGUUGCGUCAAGACUAUUACGAAAUUGUUCUAAUUUUGCUGAAGAUAUAAUCCUGAAACAACGGUGAAUUUUGUGUUACUGUCAGGAAAUAUUAAGGAGUAAGAAUACUAGAGUGGAAGAGACUUAAUAAUGAAUGAAGACAAACAUUGAGAAAUGGUACAAACUUUGAGCAUUCGCGUACUUUUACUUUCUGAACUUGAGUUCUAUGCGCGUUCCGCGCAAAAUUGUACGAACGUUGCCUUUUAAUUGAUACGGUGUAAUGACAUAGAACUUUGUACCGGUGUUCUCAGCCAAGCUACUUGUUGUCUUCUAUUCAUUACUCUGUCGUGUUAUAUGCGAUUUACUGAACAACAAAUACAAAGCAACUUACUAUAAACUUUAACUGUAUAAACAGUUGAUAAGCUGUAUUAUUGUUCACUAAAAUCGUGUGCAUUUUAAUGCCCGAUACUCGGUACAUUGAAAAUUUGUAACAAAUGUUCGCGAUAUAAUUGGAUUUGUCGAUUGAAUUGAUGUUUCUUUGCGAUGCAUUCGCUGAAAGAAAAAUUAUUUAUUGACUCUUCGAGACUCUAGUUGGGUUUUGUUUUGCCUGAUACCGAUUGCUUUCAUAAGUGAGCCUUUCUUGUUCAUGUGGCAUUCAGUAUUAUGAGACACGGUGGUAGAUUCCAUUAUAUACAUAUAUAGUUUUUCAAAGCCGAAUAGAACAGAAAUGCGAAUUGAACGAUUUAACAUCGCAUACAUUGCAAGAGGAAAAGAAAAAAAAGAUAAAGGACGCCAUUUUAUGCUAAGAACUGUAAUACCGUAUAGUUAAUAUUAUCAAAUAGAUAAACGAAUAUAAUGUAUCAAUUUACCGAGAUACCGGAAACUAAAUCUUUCGACACUUUGAACAGAAAAAGAGAACUCACUCGUUCACGUUGAUGCAUUGUCGAUUCUGAUCUGCAAAGUGUCGAAAAAACGCAGGCCGAUGUGCCGACAUUGUCAGGAAGGAGAAGAGUUUGCGAAAUACCAGUUUCAUAAUGUAUUUUGUUCCGUUAUAUUUCGUUUUAAUGUCGUCGCACAUAUACGAGCGCUCUACGAAACGUUUACUUACUUUCGGUUAGUAUUAAAAGGAAAUCAAGCAACCGUUGCCGUUUCACCAUGUUAUAAUAUUUGCUACGUAAAGCUGUAAAAUAUAUUCUCGCCAUUUUUCAGUUAGUUGGCGACCGCUUAUACCGAGCGCGCGAAAGAAAAUACCAUAUACCGUAAUGUAGUCCGAUUAUGUUAGAUUUGCAUUUUAAGUAAUUUGUUCGUAUGCUGUAACGUACUGUAUAAAACAGUUACGUACUGCGAGUCCUCGGCAGCCUUCAUCGAAAGAAUGAUCGCCUCUUGAGUAAAUGAGUCCUAAAAGAGAUUAAAGAGGUCAUUCGUAUCGACGAAGCUUGGCAUUUUUGAAAGUGAACGAAUUGUACGACAUAUAGGAAUCUACUGCUUUCCUCUAUCCGCAACAGUUUGUAUUUGACGUUGAUGAUGAACGAUCGUAGAAAGGUUUCACGUACAUGUAUAUGGCCUUUUUACUGUGCGUUUCAAAUAUACGCAUGACAAGGUGGCACACGAA